AUGGUGAAGGAAACUGAGUACUAUGAAAUCAGAAUGGUGAAGGAAACUGAGUACUAUGAUGUUCUUGGUGUCAGCCCUUCUGCUUCAGAGGAAGAGAUUCGCAAAGCUUAUUAUCUUAAGGCCAGGCAAGUUCAUCCAGACAAAAAUCCAGAUGAUCCACGGGCUGCAGAAAGAUUUCAGGUGUUAGGUGAAGCUUAUCAAGUUUUGAGUGAUCCAGUGCGAAGAGAUGCAUAUGAUCAAAGUGGAAAGCAUUGCAUAUCAAGGGAAACAAUGCUUGACCCCACAGCUGUAUUCGCUCUUCUGUUUGGGAGUGAACUAUUUGAGGACUACGUAGGGCAUCUAUCUGUGACGUCAAUGGCUUCUUCUGAAUUAGCUAGUGAAAGUGACGAUCCCGAUAAAGUACAUGAGAAAUUGAAGGCUGUCCAGAAAGAAAGAGAAGAAAAGCUAGCAAGGUUUCUGAAAGAUUUUCUUAAUCAAUAUGCUCAAGGUGACAGAGUUGGGUUCUUAAGGCGCGCAGAAUCAGAAGCCAAGAGGCUUUCUGAUGCAGCUUUUGGAGUGGAUAUAUUACAUACUAUUGGCUACAUAUAUUCAAGACAAGCAGCACAAGAGCUUGGAAAGAAAGCAAUCUAUCUUGGGGUGCCAUUUUUGGCAGAGUGGGUUCGCAACAAGGGACAUUUCUGGAAGUCACAGAUUACAGCAGCAAAAGGCGCUUUUCAGUUACUGCAACUUCAAGAAGAUAUGCGCCGCCAAUUUAAAAUGGAUGGAAGCGGCCCUGGAAAUGAUGUUGAAUCACACCUACUCUCAAAUAAAGACACAUUGAUGAACUCAUUGUGGAAACUGAAUGUCGUGGACAUUGAAAUUACCGUGGUACAUGUGUGCCAAAUGGUCCUAAAAGAAACUAAUGUUAGAAAAGAAGAGCUUAAAGCCCGUGCUUUGGCAUUGAAAAUUCUUGGGAAACUCUUCCAGCAGGAAAAGCAAGUACGAAGUGGGGCAACAUCAAAAGGAAAAAAUGCUGCUGAAACUGAUGAUGAUGGAAGCACUUCUGAUAGCAGUAGCGAAGAAGAUUCACCAAGGGCAUUAUCCUAUCGAACCCCUCUACUUACUCAGGGUAUUGGCAGACUCUUCAGAUGCCUGUGUAAUCCAGCAUUUGAUGUGGAUGAUGAAGAGAUUGUGUACAAAAGCAAAUGA